AAAGCUCGAAACAGCACGAUAUGAGCCUGGAAUGAUUCCUCUUGGUGAAAUACAUGUUAUCUGGACCCGUUUAAGCAUUUCAAGAACUGUGUCUACUGAAUCGGUUCCAGAGUUUAGCCUUGAUCGUGAAGUUCAACUGGUACAACAACGAUUCAAAAAUGUUGACAUUGGUGAAAAAGUCAACAUAAGACAUAAGAUGCUAGAAAUUGCUUGCCCAGAGAUGACAUCUAUGCUUGCUCCGACGCAUAAAGUGAAGACAAAAGGUGCACAGAAGACUAAAUUUGCACGACAUGAGAGGUCUACGAAACGUGACCCAUCAUAUUUUGAGCACGUUGACACUUUUGUUUCCAGGACAGAGCCUUCUUCUUCACGAAAAUCUCAAGUCAAAUCGAAGCCGAAAGAAUUUGCGCGAAGGGCAGUACCAUUCUUAAAUCAAUUUCAUCCGAUUCGUCAACCAUACAUUGUAGAUGUUGUUGUUGAUGGUCAUUGCGGUUAUCGAUGCAUUGUUGCUUUGUUGGGUUUAGGUGAAGAGGCAUGGCCUACUAUCCGACAUAACCUUUAUGAAGAACUAAUUCAGUGGCGUGAUGAAUACGCAAAUUUAGUAGGAAGCUACAAUCAAUUGGAAGAACUAUGUCAGUCAUUAAUUGUCCACGAUCGAUCACAGGUUAAUGUUAAGAAGUGGAUGACCAUACCGGACAUUGGUUAUGCCAUUGCAAAUAGAUACAAUGUCAUCUUAGUAUGUUUGUCCUAUGUUCAGAGUUUUACCAUAUUCCCACUUCGCACUCCACCACCUACUGAUAUUAGACAACAUCAGAUCUUAUGCAUUGGAUUUGUUAAUGGAUGUCAUUUCGUACAGGUUCAAUUACAAGAUGGUUGUCCGUUACCCAUGGUGGACAUCAUUUCCUCAAGCCAUUGUUACCUAGAGGCGCGAGCAUGGUCAAUAUUUUAUACACAUAGGAUGCAAUCAUUUAUGGCCUUAGUGGGAGCUAAUCAAAGUUAUGUAGAUCUUGGAGAAGACUGAAAUGAAGUUUGUUAUGUACCAAUUUAAUAUAUUUCAUCUGUAAUGUUUUUUUUUUUGUACAACCGACUACAACGGUAAUGUAAAUUUUAGAAGUCUUUUUGGAGGA